AUGAAUGAAGAUCCAAUAAUUGUAGAUAAUGAUAAAUUUUUUGAAGGUAUUAUAGUUGGUGGAGGGACAUGUGGAUUAGCAAUUGCAUCAAGAUUAUGUGAAUCAACUCCAGGAUCAUUAUAUACAGAUAAUGAACAUCAAAGAUUUCAUUGGUUAAAGCAAAGAAGUUUUAAAUCAAAUAAAUUAGGUUGUAAAAGUUGUUAUCAUUCAUCGAGUUUUAAAUCACUGGAUUUAUUAAUUAUUGAUCAAACAAGUAAUAAAUUUAUUGGACAAUGGGAUAAUCAAUUUAAUGCAUGUCAAAUUCCCUUUUUGAGAAGUCCAAUGUUUUUCCAUUUAGAUCCAUUAGAUAUUGAUGGAAUGAUAAGUUAUGCACACAACUCAAAUAGACAAUCAGAAUUAAUGGAAAUUCAAAAUGUUGUUGGUAAAGAAAUUUCAAAACAUAAAUUAAAACAAAAAAGAGGUAAUAAGAAACCAAGUGGAUUAAUUGAUAUAAAUCAAAGAGAUUGGAAAGAUUAUUAUAGACCUUCAACUCCACUUUUCCAUGAUUAUUGUGAAUCUAUUGUUGAUAGAUAUAACUUGAGAAAUUCAAUUAUUAAAGAUGAAGUUAUUGAUAUAAAAUAUAAAUUAUUACAAUAUGAUGAAAAUAAUAUUGGUAAGGGGUUUUUAAUAAAGACAAAAUUUGGUCAAAUAUUUGGGUGCAAAUUUUUAGUUGUUGCAAGUGGUCAUAAAGGUAAAAUUAAUUAUCCAAUCAAACCAUUUAAAGAAACUAAAAACACAUGUCAUACUACUCAUUUAUUCACUAAUCAAGUUAAAUUUUUAGAUGAUCAAUUUUUCAAAAAUCCAAAACUGAAAAAAAUUGUAAUUGUUGGAGGUGGAUUAACAUCAGCUCAAUUAGCUCAUGUAGCUUGUAAUGACCCCACGGUAUCACAAGUUACUCUUUUAUUUAGAUCCAAGAUCAAGAUCAAGCAUUUUGAUUUUCAUUUAGAUUGGGUAUCAAAAUUUAAAAAUUUUAAAAAAUCAAUUUUUUAUAAUUUAGAUUCAAAUGAAUUAAAAUAUAAAAUGAUUAAUAAUGCAAGAGAAGGUGGUAGUAUAAACCCUGAAUAUUAUAAAAAAUUAAAGAUUCAUUUAAAGCAGAGUGGUGAUAAAUUUAAAUGGUUUACUGAAACUAGCAUCGUUGAACUGGAAUGGGUUGAUAAUCAUUGGAAUUUAAAAUUAAGUAAUGAUAUAGAAUUAAAAAAUAUUGAUUAUAUAUAUUUUGCAACUGGUAUAACAGCAGAUAUAAAUUCAUUAAAUUUUUUAAAUCUGAUAAACAAACAAUAUCCAAUUGAAAUUGAACAAGGAUUUCCAGUUUUAACAGAUAAUUUACAAUGGAAUAAUGAAAUUCCAUUGUUCUUGAUUGGUAAAAAUGCUUCUUUAACAAUUGGUCCUACAUCUGCUAAUUUAGAUGGUGCUAGAAUUGGAGCUGAAAGAAUUGGUUGGUAUUUACAAAAUAUGAAAUUACAAGGUAAAUUUAAUUGGUCAAUUGAAACUACGGAAGAAGUGCAAAACAAUAAUGAUGUAUUUAAUACUCAAUUAAAUUUAGCUGGUGGUAAUUUGAAUUGGUAUGAAUUAUUAGAAUGUAAUGCUUAA